AUGGCGCCUACACAACACUUCAAGACAGUCUUCUGGUCUCAAAAGCAGCCCGAACAAACACUACCAGACUUUCAAACGGGCUUUUCAGUUCUUCAUCAGAAGCUGGGACAAAGCCGAGUUGAAAACGAAGAAAUGAUCAGUUUCUUUAAGGAUCGGAUUGCUAUUGAAGAAAUCUACGCAAACAAACUCACUGAUCAAGGAAAGAUCAACUACAAAAGCGCUGGCUUUGGUCGAGACGAAGGAGCAGGUCUUUUUAAAUGUUUUUCUCAACUCAAAGAAACAAGUCGACGCUUGGGUGAACAGCGUAGAACAGCUGCCUCUACAGUGACUUCGGAAGUGUUGGUUCCCUUACAAGAUUUUCAUGAAGAGUACAAGCGCGUCAUUAGUAACUCAAAGCUGGCCAUCGAUAGUAUGCUGAAACAGUUUGAUGGACUUGUCAAAGACACAGAAAAAUCAAGAUCCAUCUAUCAUCGAAAAUGCAAAGAGGCUGAUAAGGCUGAAGACCCUUCUUUGAAGAUCACAGCACCCAAGGCUGUUACUGAAGAAUAUAAAAAAGCAGAGGAGAAGCCAAGCUCUCCUUUGCCCGAUGCAAAUGGCAGUCUUGGUAAUCAAGUAAUGCCACAGCCUGAAUUUGACAGUUUAAUCCGCCGCAUGAGACAAGAAAUCACUUUACGCGAUUAUAAAGUGCCUAUUUUAGGCACUUAUAAGAACACAUCUACAGGUGAAGAUAUUGCUAUUUGGCUGCAGCAGAAUUUAGCUCAAUGCAAAGACUCGCCUGCUAUGGCUGAUGUAGUUGGACAGCAACUGAUUCAGCCUUACAAUAUCUUACGUUUAGUUGGACAGAGAGGUAGUAAGUUCACUGCUGCUCCUUCUAGUUUCUAUCAAUGGCGUUCUCAAGCAGAAGGAGGAAGUUAUCGUGCUGCUGUACUCAAGCUAGAUCAAAUGCGAAUGGGCAUUGAAGAAGCUAUGUUUACUCAUUUGAAGGAAAUGGAACAGGUCGAAUUACACCGUAUUCAAAAAAUGAAAAAGAUCAUUUCUUCUUUUAUCGCUACUUUGUCUAUCGUCAUUCCUCAAGAUAAACUGAUUAUUGAAGAAAUGAUGGUAUUUCACGAAUCACUAAAACCUGAUCAAGAUAUUCAAUACAUCAUUCAACAAUACGCUGUUGCUGGAUUUUCUCCUAAAGCAAUUCUUUAUGAAAGUUACUAUCAUGGUAUCGCACAUGAUCAAGUCUUUGGUGUUCCUCUAGAAGAAUUAGGAAAACAAAUACCAGACAAUAUACCUAUAUUUCUAUCUACUCUUUUGUUAGCCAUUGACAAGGGGAUAGAAGACAUUCAGGAUCAAGAAAAAAAACAACAAGUAUGGUCUACUCCUUGUGCACUGGACCGUGUUCAUGCUGCUUGCUUGGAACUGAAUGUCCCAAGUGAUACCAUUCAUCUUGAAUUAUUUAAUAAGUAUGAGCCUGAUUUAUUGAUUGCUGUACUUCGUUAUUACUUGAUGGAGCUACCAGAUUGUUUAUUGACCUUUGAGUUUUAUGAUCCAGUUGAUGCUCUUUUAGGAGGCAAUUAUACAGAGCAAGAUGAGGAUUUACGCCUUGCAUCCUUUAGUAACUUAAUUGCAACACUUCCUGCUACUCAUUUCGCUUCACUUCAACACCUUCUCAGUUAUAUCACAAGAUUCAUUCAAAAGGAAUCAAUUCCUUCAGAUAUUGUAGAUCAAAUCUGUCAAACAUUAGGCCCUGUCAUUCUUCGUAGUCGAAUGGACACAUUUUCAAUUUUGAAUAGUCGAGUUCCUUUUCGACUUGUGCAUGAAUUAAUCCAUCAUUAUCAACACAUCUUUUCUAAAUCUACCCUUAAACUUCAUGAGGAUAGUGAAAAGAGACGUCAUGCAAAACCCAUCGUAGCUCAAGAAAAGACAUCCAGUAGCCUAAAGCGAGGUAAUAGUCUGAUGAUGUCUUUCAUGCGUCCUGCUACAACAGAAGGCUGGUCCAAUAUGAUGGGUGUCUUUCAGAGAAACACACCUACAAAUCCUAUUGAAACACCACCCAGUAGUCGAUCUGUACCUUUGUCGUUUGCUUCUACCAUUACUCAGCAUGAGUCACCCCCUUCUUCUCCUAUCCAACCUGCAGAAGUCAUGUUUGAUGGUGGUGAUGACAUAUUUGAUGAAAGAGAUGAUAUUUUACAAGACAUGGAUACACAAAAACCUACUCAACAGCGUGUGGACUCUUCUUUCUUUGAUGACGAUGAAGAGGAAGAGGAAGUAAAGGAAAUGAAUUAA